AUGUCAGGAUCUGACCAGCUCACGGCAGUGAAGAAGGAGAAUGAAGAAGAAUUUGAUGAUUUCCUACAAGACCAGGAGCCAUCAGACCAGAAAUUACACCAGGAGUUGGAAACCAGGAAGGAACUGCUCACUGACCAUCAGAUUACAGAUUCUGGAGACAAACUACAUCAAUGUUCUCAGUGUGGAAAAGCCUUUAUUAAUAAAUACACUCAUCUCACACUACAUCAGAGGAACCAUUCUGGAGAAAAGCCACAUCAGUGUUCGCAGUGUGGAAAGGCCUUUGUAUGGAAGAGUGAUCUCAAGAAACAUCAGAGGAUCCAUAUUGGAGAAAAGCCACAUCAGUGUUUGUUGUGUGGAAAGGCUUUUACACAGAAGGGUAAUCUCAAGACACAUCAAAAGAUCCAUACUGGAGAAAAGCCACAUCAGUGUUUGCAGUGUGGAAAGGCCUUUACAUUGAAGGGUCAUCUCACGCUACAUCAGAGGAACCAUUCUGGAGAAAAGCCACAUCAGUGUUCGCAGUGUGGAAAGGCCUUUGUAUGGAAGAGUGGUCUCAAGAAACAUCAGAUGAUCCACUCUGGAGAAAAGUCACAUCAGUGUUCUCAGUGUGGAAAGGCCUUUGCAUUGAAGGGUCAUCUCACGCUACAUCAGAUGAUCCAUACUGGAGAAAGACCACAUCAAUGUACCCAGUGUGGAAAGGCUUUUACACGGAAGGGUCAUCUCACGGCACAUCAGAGGAUCCAUACUGGAGAAAAGCCACAUCAGUGUUCCCAUUGUGGAAAGGCCUUUACAUGGCAGUGUGAUCUCAAGAAACAUCAGAUGAUCCAUACUGGAGAAAAGCCAUAUCCAUGUUCUCAAUGUGGAAAGACCUUUACACAAAAGGGUGAUCUCAAGAAACAUCAGAUGAUCCACUCUGGAGAAAAGCCA